AUGUACACAGCAGAUACCCUUUCCAGAACGCCUAUUGAAGGUCAGAAUUCCACAACAGAAAAUGAUGUAGAAACAUACGUUGAUGGUGUUAUUUCGUCAAUCCCAGUAAGUGACCAGAAACAAGAAGAAAUCUGCAAAAGUACAGCAGAAGAUGCAGUGAUGCAAUCUCUUGUAAACACAAUAUUGAAUGGGUGGCCAGAAGAAAGGUCACAGUGCCGAAAAGAGUUGAUACCUUUUUGGAAUUACAGAGAUGAACUAUCAGUCAUUAAUGGAAUGGUGUUUAAAGGAACGCGAGUUGUGAUUCCAGAUAAGAUGCGUUCUUGCAUUCUUGGGAAAAUUCAUGUAGGGCACAUGGGUAUGGAAAAGUGCAAGCAGAGAGCUCGAGAAGUAGUUUUCUGGCUUUACAUGAACCAUGAUAUUGUCAAUAUGGUAAAGCAGUGUGAAACAUGUCAAGCUAAUCAGAAGCAGCAAAUGGCUGAACCUCUACUCUCACGUCCAUUGCCAAUGCGACCAUGGCAAAAAGUAUCAACAGAUUUGUUUGAACUCGGGAGAAAAGACUACAUUGUUAUUGUUGAUUCAUAUUCAAAUUAUCCAGAGGUGAUAGGAAUGUCAAGUCAGUCGAGCAGCUCGGUGAUACUAGCAAUGAAAACUACAUUUGCUAGACAUGGCAUUCCGGAAGAAGUUCUCAGUGGUAAUGGACCGUGCUACAGUAGUAUGGAAUUCGCUCAGUUUUCAAAAGAUUGGGAUUUCCAACAUGUUACAAGUAGUCCGAAAUUUCCUCAGUCCAAUGGACUGGCUGAAAAAACGGUUCAGACUGUUAAGUCGCUAAUGAGAAAAUGCCUGGAUUGUGGUGAAGAUCCGCAUUUAGGGCUACUAGCCUACCGAACAACUCAGUUGGGGAAUGGACUUUCUCCAGCUCAGCUCUUAAUGGGAAGACAACUUCGUGGCAAUCUUCCCAUAACUGUUUCAAAACUUACUGUACCUAAAUCAAAAUAUGUGGUCAAAUGGAGAAAGCAACAACGUUACUCCCAGAAACAUUUUCAUGAUAAAAAAGCAGUAAGAGAACUAAAACCUCUUUCGUCUGGAGACAAAGUUAGAAUUGACCAUAAUUCAAAGAGGACUGAACAAGGAACAGCAGUACGAAGUCCUGCACCAAGGUCAUAUCUAGUAAAAAUGCAAAGUGGUGUUGAGAUUCGUCGGAAUAGGCGUGAUCUAAGACCUGAUCACAGCAACAGAUCAUCAGAAACCAGUUCAUUUAGUGAUCCAGAGGAAGAUAAGCAACCAUCGGAGGAAGUUAGUAUACAACCAACAACGAAAAGUGGUCGGAAUAUUCGAAAACCGGAUAGGCUGAUUGAAAAUUGCUUCAUCCACAGUGAAAAGAUGUGUUAG